UAGUUCAUCAUCGAAAUUGUUAUUAAUAUGGACAAGAUACUCUUAGUGAGGUCGGAUACCGUGCAGCAUGUUCGCAAGCUCUAUAACCUAGACAAACCAGGAAUGAUGGAAGAUGCCAUAAAUAUAUUGGACGAAUGGGUUCAAAAACAGAAACAUUUUAAUAAGAAGAAUUUCAGCCCACGAUACUUGGAGAUGACAAUUAUUGUAAACAAGGGAUCAAUUGAGCGUGCUAAAGCACAGUUGGACAAAAUAUGCACUAUGAAAACACUGUUGCCCCAGUUUUUCGGAAAUCAUAACGCUAACACUGAUUUUGAACAUUUAUACGAAGUUGUCAAAUCUGUUUUGCUGCCCAAAUUAACAAGCGACCACUAUAGAGUAAAUGUAAUGAAAUUUUACGACGUCGAAUGGAAUGCUUCGCAGGCCAUUUACUUAUACCGACAUAACGUAAUUCUAGCAGAAUACGUCAAAAUACACGAUUAUUUGAGUGGAUUUAUCUCCAUCAUUGAUUUAUCGGAGGCCAAAUUGAUGAGUUUUUUGAAGAGAAUAAACCCCUUCCAACUAAAACAAGCUAUGUCUAUUUUUAUUGAUGGCUAUGGCAUGAGAAUAAAAGCAAUUCACAUAAUAUCAGAGUCAACGUUCGUGGAUCGUUUGGUGACAUUAUUAAAAAGCGUAGUAAGCGCUAAAGUAGCUAGCCGGAUCAACGUUCACAAAAGUUUUAAAGACCUUCAUAAAUUUAUUCCAAAAGCAAUACUUCCCUUAGACUACGGUGGCGAGGAACGCUCAUUAAAAACUCUUCAAAACGAAUGGAUUGAAGUGCUAGCAUCACAAGAAAACUUGGACUAUUUAAAAGAAAUGAACGGAGCCUCAACCAAUGAGUCAUGCCGGCAGAAAGGGAAAUUUACCGAACAUUACGCCGGAAUGCCGGGUACAUUCAAAUUUUUGAGUGUAGAUUAGGAAAUAAAUACCGAGAAAAAGCAGA